AUGGCGGUGCCCGGAGCCAUCACACUCCGAGCUUCACAAGGUCUCUUCAGAAACCCCUCCCCCGCCGCCAACCUGAAGUUCAUUGUUAUUAUUUUGGCCGCCGGGAUGGUGGCCUUCAUCGGAGCGGUUAUCUGCAUCAUCGCAGCCGUGCACACCGGAUCCUCCAGGGCUGCCGCGGCACAACAAAAGCCAGCAACCGACAACCACUCGCUGUAUCCGGACGCGGCGGCGCAGACCCCCGCUGCAGGGGGCUCCGUAGCCCGGGUCGGAUCUUUGGGCGCUCUCCAUGGUUCUGAUACGCCCGAUUCAGAGGCACCGACCUUUAACAUCGGGCUCGGAGGUCUGGACGGGGUCACUGGACUCACCGGGCAUGACCCAACCGUCAGUCGACUCAUCUGCACGCCGAUUCCCGUCGGUGAAUGCAACCCGAAAAACUUUCAGCAACAAGCGGAAGACCCCUCUCUGUACGCGGGGGAAGAUUGGGGUUACCUCCGCACCACCGCGGAGGAGCUCCGACAGACGGUCCUGCAGCAAAAGGACCAGAUAUUAACAGACCAGAGGACCAUCAGAGAGCUGACGGGGAAACUAACCGAGUGUGAGAAGGGGGUGGACGGCAGCAGCAGCGCGGAUAGACGCGGGAGCUCCGCGGGGCUGUUGGGAGGCAAAAGCGCGACAGAGGAGACGCACCUGGAGCGGAUCAUGGUGCGGGACAGUCCGGCUUCGACGCCCGAUGGUGUCCACUUGGUCACCGUGAGGGCUGUGGACGAGCUGGAGCAGGCUAUCAUUCAACUCAAAGACCGCAUAGAGAAACUGGAGUCAGACAUUGGCCCAUUUCCUCACAACCAGACGGACAGCAACACCUCAAGAGUGCCAGAAGAAGGCGGGAUGUCUGGCGGCCCAGAAAGGUUUGCUGAUCCUGGGUCCAGAGCUGGUUCUGACAGGCCCUGGAGGAUGGAAGACUUGGAGGGGGAGCUGGAGAGGAAGGUGGAGCUGCUUGACAAAGAGAGAAAAGCCCUGAGGCUGGAAACCGAGAAACACAGACAGGAAAUCGACCGGGGCAUCAAUAAACUACACCACCGGAUCUCGGGACUGGAGGAGGGUGUCUCUGGUCAUUCUUUCCCAGAAGGCUACAGACUGUCCUUCCCAACUCGGACAAACUACAUGUACGCUGUCGUUAAACACGCCAUCCCAGCGCUGCGGGCCUUCACCAUCUGCCUGUGGUUGCGACCCGCAGAGGGAGGGAUCGGGACUCCUUUGUCUUACGCUGUCCCUGCACAACCCAACGAACUGGUGCUGCUGCAAGGCCUCCAUACUCCCACUGAGCUGCUCAUCAAUGACAAGGUGGCGCAGUUGCCUUUAAACCUCUCGCGAGGCAGCUGGCAGCACAUCUGCGUAAGCUGGAACCAGAAGGGAGGAGCGUGGCAAGCCUACCAAGGGGGAAAGCUGAGGGGCGAGGGUCACGGACUGGCAGCCGGACAUCACAUCAGACCUGGAGGAGAGCUCAUACUGGGGCAGGAGCAGGAUUCUCUGGGUGGAGGUUUCGACUCAUCCCAGGCCCUGGUUGGAGAGUUGUCCCAGGUGGGACUUUGGGACCGGGUCCUUUCUUCUAGCCAAGUGUCCAGCUUGGCCCGCUGCGGCAGAGUAACCCACGGCACUGUGGUCCCCUGGACCGAGAACGGAGUUGAAGUUUACGGUGGAGCAACCAAGGACCCGGGGGAGCCAUGUAGUAAACACAACAGAAGCUCGCAAUGACCGAUGGGGGGAGGUUUUGGGGGUAGGGGAAGUAAAAGAAGAGUGGGGGUACGGUUUUAGUGAUUUCAAGAAGGUAGGAGUCAUUUUGUUCAGUAUUAACACAGGAAACUCAAUGUGGAAGGUAAUGGCCGCCAUCAUGGAGGUCCACUGGAGAACUGUGCAAUAGACGAUGAGAUUCCUCAUAAAUAUGGCUGUAGUGUGGGUAUAGAGAUCACAUGUUAGUGUGUAAAACUAUAUACAUACAUUCAGAUAAAGUAGAUUUGUUUCCAGAUUCAGGCCACACAAAACUAUUGGCAUUGGUCGUAGCUCCUGCUCUCUGCACUGUUAGCAAACCAGAUGGCAGUUUAAUUAUCAGAAGCAACUAAUGUAAAAAAUUAAAGCAAACAAUUGAACCUAAUUAUUGGAUAGCAAAUGUGUUAGUCAGUAACACAGUGAGGCUUAUCUUAUCAAAACUAGUAUGAUUAUCUAGCUAACCCAAAAAGAAAUGCUUCAACAUGUUGGGAAAUAUGCGUCUUUGUUGAGUAUACAUGACAUGUAUUUCCCAAAGUGUUGAACCUUUUCUUUAAACCGCUCAGAUCGGUGGAUGUUAUUUCUUUUUUUUUUUUUUGUGGUUGCAGCCGAGAGCUGUUGACCUCCUCUGUGGCUGCCAGAAGUCGUGUCAAACCAGCUGAAAUCCCUCCGCGAGCAGCAGGGUCGAAGCGAAGUUAAUUAAAAGCUGUGACUUUAGAGUAAGGUGAUGAAAAACGUUGGGAAUAUUAAGUGGUAGACAGUCAGUGAGGAGUAGAUGAUGAAAGAGAAAGGAAAGAGGGAGGACAUCGGGGGGAAAAGAACGGGCACUUUUAAGGUGUGAUGCUCCAUUGUUUUCACCUCUGCAUGAUGUAUUCAUAUACCUGUAAUGUCUUGCCACUGCACUGUGUUGCUCACAAGUUUCACAAAAGAGUUGGACGCCUCCUGCAUCCAUGGCUGGCAGGUGGUUUGUCUUUGUUUUUGUAUAAGGCCUGAGGGUCUCUUUUGUUCCCUACCUAAAUUACUGAACAAAUCUAAAACAAGGAGUCCCUAAGGAAGUCACUACCACUAGCAGAAUGUUCCUGUUUUUUGGGGUUUAUUUAACAUAUUUUUGAGAAGCUUUUGCCCCAUUUAUGUCACUCUGGGGCAGAUUUAGAAAAAAUCAAGGUCAAAGUUUGUACUCUGAUCAUGGAAAUAUGUCUCAGAUGACAACUUUCGGCCUGUAAUAUACUUUGUUCUUUAAAUUCAUGGUCUUGAAAGCACCCUUACAUACAUUUUUCACAUUUACAUAGCACACUCGUACAGUAACAUGACUGUUUCCUCCUUACAGUUUUAUACACACAGCCACUCUUGACUCAACAACCUCCUCCUUACAUUCCAUGCAUGAGUCGUACCGUACGUUCGCAACACGUUUCAUUUCGAUGAUUGUUCUCGGCUGUCGUACGGGACGCGAUGUUAAACACAGAUUUCAUAAUUUUUUUAAAUCACUGGCUCUCCCUAUAGCAUAAAAAUAAAUCCUUAGUGGAAAGUGCCUGUCGGGGUGUUUGUGCCUGUGUAAACAAAUUUAUUAUCCUGAUGGAAAAUUUACACUGCAAGAUAUUUUGAACUAAUUAAGCGUCCGUGUUUUUGUGAAUACCCUGGUGAUUUUUUUUUUUUUAAGAUUUAAGAGGUCUGAUUUGAAAACACACACACACACACACACACACACACACACACACACACACACACACACACACACACACACAGAUUUCUGAUGCUAAACCAGUUCAAAAUCAUCUUGCUGUGCCUAACAGUGUCUUUGAUGAUGCCUCUCAGUCUGCAGUGUUAUUGUUAAUAUUAUGCCUGGUGUCUGUUCAGAGCUUCUUUUGGUUUGUUUUUUUGGGGCUUUUUGAUAGUGAUGUGAUAUUAUUUUGUUUAUUGGAAAUGAAAACUCUAUUGGCAAUGUUUGUCUUUUCUUACACGACACUUGUGUUUUGUUUUUUUCUCUUUAUGCAUUGGUAUC